UGUGAUGUAAACAAGGGUCCUUGCAACAGAAACGGAGCUACAUACACCAUGGUAACCUGAGAAAAAAAGGGGAGAACAAUGAAAAUACCAAAAAGAAAGCUGUUCCUUCUCCUUAUUUUUGCAUAUGUAGCGUUUUCACUCUAUGCUGCGUAUAAUGUUUUCUUCAGCACCAAAGUACUAUCCCGCGUUCACAGGGUGGUGAAGAAAGAGACGGGAGCACAAUCGGGUGGUGUAAGGGAUGGCGGUGCUCCAUACGUUGCUGAUGAGUGGAAUCCGUGGGAGGAUGAACAGGUGGAGUACAACUCUGCUUUGAACAAAAAGAGAGAGGCCUUCAAACAGUACCUGGGUAAAAUUGACAAGAACAAACCCAAAAGAUACAAGGUCCAGAUAUGGGGGAAAGCUGCAAUAGGGCUUUACCUUUGGGAACAUGUUUUAGAGGGCCCCCUCAACCCCACUGACAAGGUAGCACAAUGGAGAGAGGGGGAGCUGCAGUCAGGGAAGAUUGAUUUCAGUUUCUACACAGGUCCUGCAGUGGUGCAGGGUCAUGUGCCUCUGGACAUGAAUAGUCUGGUUUUGGUUCUCAAUGGCCGCGAAAAGCAAAAAGUCACUUACUCCACACGGUGGCUGGAGCACGUCCAAACUCUGGUUCAGUCCAAUACAGUGUCUCACGUUGCUGUGGUUCUGCUGGGCAAUGAGCACUGCAACAACAACUGGAUCAGCCCACAUCUGAAGAGAAAUGGUGGCUUUGUGGACCUCCUGUUUGUAGUGUAUGAUAGCCCCUGGGUCAAUGACAAGGAUGUCUUUCAGUGGCCUCUUGGUGUUGCUACAUACAGACAGUUUCCAAUGAUCAGGCCUAAUGCCCAGUUAAUUACCUCCAACCGGCCAUACCUCUGCAAUUUCUUAGGAACUGUUUACAAAAAUUCUUCCAGAGAAACACUCAUGCAUAUUCUGACACAGUCUGGCCUGGAAAAGGAUUGCAUCACCACUGGGAGGGAAAAGUGGCUCCCUCAGGAGACAGCAGACAGUCUGAGACGCUAUCAGACAGCUCUGGCCCAAAGCGAGCUCACUCUCUGCCCAGUUGGGAUCAACACAGAGUCUUACCGCAUCUACGAGGCCUGCUCUUAUGGCUCCGUGCCCGUGGUGGAAGAUGUGAUGACACCUGGGAGCUGUGCAGCAGGGCCCAGCUCCCCGCUACGACUCCUAAAAGCUGCAGGGGCGCCCUUCAUCUUCAUCAGCGACUGGAAGGAGCUCCCAGCCAUCUUGCAGAGGGAGAGAGGGAUGACACAGGAGCAGAGGGUGGACAGGAGGAGGAGACUGCUGGAGUGGUAUUCCAGCUUUCGUCAGCAGAUGAAGGAAAGGUUCACCGAGGUCAUCGAAGAGACCUUCUUCAAAAACGGCUGACUGUGGUGCUUCUAAAUAUCAGCGGGGUGGUUGACAGUUAAAACUGAUUUUAUUUAUUUUAUGGUUUGUGGAGAAAUGUGAUGUGCUACUGACAUAGUGAAAGUGGUGAUGUUCUUUUCAAUAUUCUGGCACAGGUUAUUAAAAAAAUAAUUUAUGUGUGUAGUAAAGUUGUAAAGCUGCCAUUACUAGUCAGAAAGGGGCCUCGUGAUAUUUAAGUAUAUUCAUCAUCUAAAUGUUUACAACUGGAAUGUACAUACAUUUAGAGAUAGAGGAUUAUGAACUGCCUUUGCAUUUUAAAAAAACAACCCUUAAUUUACUUUAAGUAUGUUUUAUGUGUUUUUAAGUAAUUCUUAUUGUGAUUUUUAGGAAACACUAAAUAAUAUGUGUAGAAGAGAUUGUAAUGUGUUUGCACCAUUUUUAACACCCUGAUAUCCUUUUGAAAUCUUUUCUCUUUGUGAGCUGCUUGCAAAUGGAUGUGGUUGGGAUGAAAUGUUUUGCUUUGUGGUAAAAAAAAAAAAAAUCAGCUGUUUUAUAUUUAUUUCACUUCUGUGCUGCAUGUGUGUGGGGAUUUCUUUUUCUUUCUUUUUUUAAAGACAGUGCAGUAAAAUAAAAUGGAGCAUUGUCCUGAACAGAAAUGUGAGGUUGUGCUUUCAUUGUGCCUGCAGAUGGCGCUGUGGACCAGCUAAAUGUCAGUGGAUGCGAUGAUCUCCAGUGAAAUGUAAUGCAGACGCUUUUUUAAGUUGAUAAAAAAUAAUUAUAUGUGGGGAAACUUACUUUUCACAUAAGCUAAUAAACACGAAACGUGCCGUAAAACUGAGGAGAAACUUCUGGAUGUCUACCAAACUAUUGUAUUUGAGAUGUAUAGGACACAGAUCGAUAUUAGCUAAGAAUAUAUUGAUGCGUGGUCGUUACCAGGAAUUUUGGGGUUUCUCGCUGUAUUUCAGCUAGAGCUGUGCACAGGUGUGCGGCCACACGUUUAGUCUACCCUGUAGAGCGCUCAAUGUCUGUAAAUAAUAAUAAAAAAACGUCAUUUCGUUUUGAUUUAGAAAGAAAAUAUUGAAUGCAAAACUAAUAUAAUGUGACGUCUAUUUCAAGUUACGUAUAAGUAGUUUGUCCCUAAUAAGGACAAAAAGCCUUCAGGUUUGGCAGCAGGAGUGUCCGUCAGGGCGCGGAUGUCCACUACUGUGGAGAUCCCUCCCUCCCUGUCCUUCCUACCUCCAGCUGCUGCGUGCUGCAGUCGGCUUGCUUGCCCUGUCUGCCUUUUCGCCUGCUGGGAGUUGAGUUGUAGGGUCGGGGGUGGGGGGCGAGAAACCGUUGAGGGAGAGCGAGCAUAGGGGGGGGGGACGUGUGGAUGUGUGGGUCUCAAACUGGAAACCACCACCAAAGCGGCGCAGACUCUUAACCAUUCAAGCCGACUUCCAAGCCCUUCGGACAUGCUGUUGACACUACUUCUGCCGGAAGGACCCUAAACUUGCGCGAUUGUUUUUUCCUUCUUCUUCUUCUUCUUCUGUGGUUUCAGCAGCGCUGUCGCGCUGUGCCGACCGCUCGGAUAGUUGAGAGGAUUCAUUGGUUGGAGCAGGAUUGCGCAUUGGCCCAGCCGUGUAUCCGCCGCGUAUCCUGAGGGAAGAAGAACAAUGAAGCGAUAAACAUUUCCUCCUUUUUCCAAGUCCCGCUGCAGACUUAAAUCCCACUAAUAGUCUUAAAAAAAUCUCGGUGCUUCUUCCCCUGGCUUUCAUUUUUCUCGUGUUGUUUGGGAUGCGUCGGUAGCUGUAGGAUCCCGCUUGUUGACAGUUUUUUUUCUUUAUACAAGAAGUUUACAACAAGUUUCGGACAUAGGAAGACGGAAAAUGUCCACACCGAGGUUCAAAAAGGAUAAAGAAAUUAUCACGGACUACGAGAGUCAAGUCAAAGAUGCCUUGUGAGAAAUCAAUCCCUGCUGCUCGUGACUGGGACUGUGACAAGGGGAGUGAUUGGGCCUCGGGCUACAGUGAGAUCGCUCUGUCUGAAACCUGAGUGAGGGCCAAGAUGAGGGUGUGAUUUGAGCUACAGCAAGUACAGUUGUUUUUGUUUUUUUUAAGCUAGGAUCAGAGAAAAGACCUAAGUAGAGACCAUCUUAUGAUGGAUUUACACCAGCUAUGACACCACCGAGUUCUCUGACCACACCUAUCUUUGAACUCUGCUUUCAUUUUGCUGACUACUACACAGAGUCCUUAAAUUUGUCCUCAUGGAUUGGACGUUGGCUGUCUUUGAACUCAACAUUCAUUUUGAUGUCAAAUAGAAGAAAGUGCUCCCUUACUUCCAAAUCUGCCACAGCAGAUGGAGCCGCAUAUUAGAUUUGACAUACAUUUCUUCAUCGGAUGCCCUUCCUGAUGCAACCCUCCCAUUUAUCUGAGCAGGCACCAGCACUAGCAUGUUACCACCGGAGGCUAGGUUUGUGUCUCCACCUGGUUGGAAGGCAAUAUAUGAACAACUACACUGCACGACUGUGUCUUGUGCAGUGCUAACACAGUUUCCUCUUAGAUUUAAAUAAAUAAAAAAGACACUUGCUAAAGUACUCAAAACCAUCAUUACUGCUACAGUAGAUGCCCAUGGGCAGUUUUAUUCAUGCAUGUGGUCUGAGAACUCAUUGGUGCUAGGGGUGGUGUAAUCCCAUUGCUGGAUGGUUUGUGACUUGUUUUGUAGGUGUUCACUCAAAAUUGGCUUGAUUAUUAGUGAUUAUAUUCAUUUACCAAAAUGAUCGCAAUUGCUGUCCUGAACAUCACACAAACACAUUUCAAUUAAAAUCAAAGAAUAUUGUUGUAAUGUUACACCUGAGCGGAAAGCUGUGGCAGCGCUGAAUUCACCUUCUGAAUACCACGAAGGAAUGAGCUGGCGUAACACAUUUGCUCAUUCCAACUUUUUCUUUCUAAUCUUUUCCUUGUCAGGUGAUGAUCUUCACAAUUUAGGAUGGGGAAUAUGUUGGAAAUAUUUAUCUGUGCCUACUUUUAAAUAUCCUAACUCAGCUCCACUGCAGGAAGCCAUCUGAAUCAAAGCAGGCUCAUUAUUAUGCCCUCACAGUGCAGUUUAGCCUUACACAUUUUUGUUGCAUCAGCCUGCGAGUGU